AUGCUACUUUUUCAGAGAAAACAGAUCCAUUGGAGAACAUUAAUUCAGUAUGCGAGACAGGAUGCUGCAGAAUGGAAAAAGGAAGACGUCCAAGAUUUCAAUCACAAUGCAAGAUCGGUUAACGGAUACAGAGGAGCUUCAACAAGAUGGGAGAGACCAGACACAGGAUGGGUGAAAUGUAAUGUUGAUUGCACUUUUGUGGAUCAAAAUACUCAUACUACUGCGGGUUGGAUAGUGAGAGAUGAACAUGGAGCUUAUAAGGGUGCAGCUCAUGCACGAGGCAAACAAGUACUGACUGUUUUGGAAAGCGAAUUACAGGGGAUUUUGAUGGCUUUACAGCAUUGUUGGUCACAAGGACAUCGGAGGAUAAUUAUUGAAGGGGAUAAUAUUAAGGCCAUGGAUCUUCUAAAUGAUAAGUUGCUACAUUUCUCAAGCUACAACUGGAUUCGAGAGAUUCGCUGGUGGAAGCAAAAGUUUGAGCAGGUGGUGUUCAAGUGGAUUAAAAGAGAAGGAAACAAAGCGGCAGACAAGUUGGCAAAACAAAUGUUGGAAUAUCAAAGUUCUUUCAGUUUCUAUUAUUAUGUUCCUUCUUUCCUCUCAAACAUAUUACAUGAGGAUUAUGUAUUAUCUCAACAUCAUUAA